GGGCAGAGGAGGAUUCUCGUAUCUCGUAUCUUGAAAUUGGGGGCGGAGGGGAAAGACGGCGACCCCGAAAAAAACUUUCCCCACAAGACGUUUUUUUUUGUUGUCGUUGCUGUUGUUAUCCCCACUUUUUUUUACCACUUGGAACCUGGACUUGGGACCUCCCUUCCCCACAAUACCAGUAGCUUAACUCGGGUUCCGGGUCGAUAUAUGUACCGAAUACGAUAG